AGACAAAACAUAUACAUAAUCACAUAUAAUACAUGAUUCUUAUAAGCUUUCAAGUGUAGUGGUAACGAUGCGUAUUGCGUGUGCAAGUAGGCGUGAAAUAUCUGAAGUCUAUAAGUGGAAAUCUAUAACUUUUGUUACCAUGCAUCACUCAUGCCGUCUCGCGGUAUGUUAAAGAGCUAUACUAGUCCAAAUUGAAAACGUUCAGUCUCAAGUCUCAACUGUCAACUGUGCACAUUUUAAAAUUAGAUAGAGGCUGCGGCUGCAUCUUCGAAGUUUUCUUAUUUGUAGCAAGUUGACGAUACAUCUAUAGUAACUUUAUCUGCAAAGACAUCGUUUUAGACAGUAAUUGCCAAUGUGACUUUUUUGAAAAUUUUAUUGACUUGUUUUUUGGGCAUAUCCCCUGUACAAUAAACCCAGAAAAUGUUAACUGAAAGGUAUUGAAUUGUCUGUAGUGAAAAUGGGUAGCUCCAACAAAGCUGAGAUAUUAAGAAACAACUUUUUUAAAACUGCUGAAUGUAUUGUAACUCAUUUUGAUGACGACAAAUGCAAAAGAGAUGAGACCUUAGGGAAUAUGGAAAAUAUUAUAGGGAAAAUUUGUGGAUUUGAUGACAAGAUGAAGAGAGUUACUACAGUUCUGAAAGAGAUGAAGAAUAGCAUUGAUGAUAAUGACAAUCAGAACCAGAUUAAAGAAUCAUGGACAAGCUGCAAACAAACAUUACUGAAUUAUGAACCAGAUGUGUCUAAUCUUCCAAUUUUUAUGGAGUAUCGUCAACAAGUAAAAGAAAUAGUAAACAAUAUGGAUGGUACUGAAAAAAUGCCUCUUGGUGACGAUGAUAUCGAAAUGACACAAGAACAAGUCAAUAUUAUCGAUGCAUUCUCAAAGAAACGAAUGACUAAUCCUGUAAAAAAUAUGCAAUGUGGUCACGUUUAUGAUCGAGAAACUGUUAUUGAUGUUCUCAAGAUGAAUAAGAAUACAAGAUGUCCAGUUGUUGGAUGCAAGAACAGAGAAUACAUUCGUUUAGAAGAAUUAGUUACUGAUAUUAAAACAAGAAAAUAUUUGCAUGACAAUCCAACAUAAUUUUUGUUAUAUAUUAUAUUAUUUUAAGUUAUUACAUUACAUAUACAAGAGAAUUAUAUAAAUUAGUUUUUAUACUUGAAACUAAAAUGUAAACAGUUAUACUAUAAGUAAUUCGAGAUUACCUAAAUAUUCAUCAGAGAAUAGCAUUAUUUCAAGAUAUAUUUUGUAGAUGUCGAUUUCUUGAUGAAUAAUAAAUGUUCUU